GUCGCUGCUGCGCCACAUUUCCACGCCGGUGCGGCUGGUUGAGUGCGGGCCGGGCCAGGUUAGCUGCCAGCCGGGUGAAUGUCGUGAACACUCGCUGUACUCUCUCUCUCUCUCUGCUUUACACCCCGUUAAUAACUGGAUGGAGGAUUUACUCGGAGGUGCUUGUUUGAGCUGUUGCGUUUUGAAUAAGACUACAGGAGAUGAAGUGAGGAGUUGCCAAGCGGACGAAACAGGAUGUAACUAACCGCAGAGCAGAAUGUCAAGUGAAACAAAAGAGACUUCUUCUCUUUCUCUUUCUUCUCUGUCUCUUUCUCCGUGUUUGAGUCUCAGCGCAUUAAACUAACCAGCAGCUAAACCGGCUAACGCUAGCCACAUCACGGUUUUCAAGCAUCCUCGCUUGCUCUCUGAGAGGAUCCCGUUGACGUUUCCUCGACAUGGCAGCUGUGGUCAGCUACUCUCCGCCGUGGUGGGUGAACCUUCUCCACAGGCUUCCUCAUUUCAACCUGAAGUUUGAACAAACGAGCAGUGAUUUCCAACCAGAGGACUGGACUUAUCAACAGUCUAUCCUGCUCCUGGGAGGUGUGGCGCUCGCCUGUCUGGCCCUCGACCUCUUGUUCCUGCUCUUCUAUUCCAUUUGUCUGUGCUGCCGGCGGAAAAAAAACGAGGAGCAGCCCAACGCCGACUGCUGCUGCACGGCCUGGUGUGUCAUUAUCGCAACACUUGUCUGCAGCGCUGGCAUUGCUGUCGGUUUCUAUGGGAACGGCGAGACUUGUGAUGGAGUGAAUCGCCUGACGUAUUCCCUGCGCCAUGCUAACCGCACAAUCACUGGGGUGCAGAAGCUGGUAUACGAUGGUACAUCCUCAUUAAACCAGACGGUAGACGACAAUCUGCUACAGCUUGAGGGCCAGUAUGCGCAGCACGCAGACUACCUGUCCAUCGUCCAAAAGCUGCAGGGCCAGCUGGACGAGCUGGUCAGGCAGAUGGUGGAGAUUCCCUUCUGGGGCAACACCAACAUCUCCUUGGAGGAGCUGGCUGUGAAGAUUGAGCUGUAUGAUUGGUACAGGUGGCUCGGCUACAUAGGCCUGCUACUGUUCGAUGUCCUCAUCUGCCUUCUGGUGCUGUUUGGCCUCAUUCGCAACUCCAAGGGAACACUUAUAGGGGUGUGUUUGUUUGGCGUAGUUGCUCUGGUAAUCAGCUGGGUCUCCCUCGGGGUGGAGUUGUCCGUCUCAGCGACCUCCAGUGACUUCUGUGUUGCUCCUGACACAUACGUGACCAAAGUGGCAAACCAGUAUGGAGUGAUCAAUCAAGGUAUCCUGCAGUAUUACCUCAGCUGCAGUUUGGAACAAACCAACCCCUUCCAGCAGAAGCUUUCCGGGAGCCACAAAGCGUUAGUGGAGAUGCAGGAUGACGUGUCUGAACUGCUGCGCUCUGCCACCAGAGAGUAUAAACAAACUAAGGAGAGUUUGGAGGAGAUCCAGGGGAUUCUGAACACCACAGAGAUCAGUCUACAUCAGCUCACCGCCCUGGUUGACUGUCGCAGCCUGCACAUGGACUAUGUACAGGCCAUGACUGGACUGUGUUAUGAUGGACUUGAAGGCCUCAUCUACCUCGUGCUCUUCUCCUUCGUCACAGCUCUCAUGUUCAGCUCAAUCGUUUGCAGCGUGCCUCACACUUGGCAUGCCAAGAGGAGCGAGGAGGACAGCGAGGAUGAGUCUCUGAGCCACGGGGGAAGACAAAACCAUGAUAACCUGUACCGCGUCCACAUGCCCAGCCUGUACAGCUGCGGCAGCAGCUACGGCAGCGAGACCUCCAUCCCUGCUGCAGCCCACACUGUCAGCAACGCACCUGUCACUGAAUACAUGGCUCAGAACGCCAACUUUCAGAACUCCCGCUGUGAAAACACGCCUCUGAUAGGACGAGAGUCUCCUCCUCCCUCGUUGUAUUUGACUGCCGCGGACAGUAACAGCGGUCACGGCUGGCAGUUAAAGCCUUCGGAGAGUUCAAGAUCGUUUUGGUAACCUCGUCCUGCUAUGCUAACAGUACACCUCCAGCAUGCGGGCUAAGUACCUGGCCAACAGCCGACCAGAUCCCAACAACCCUCCAGCACAAUAGACAAUGCUGGCCUGCAGCACUGACAGCCAUCCUAUCACUCAUCCAGUCAAUCAGUCGUCAUUUCUCAUAGAUGUUUCAGUCACUCCUCUCUCUGCUUUUCCUCCACCAUCUCAGUCGAUUUAAAAAAAAAAACCUUUUUUUUUGCUGUUUUGGUUUCAGCAAAACUUAAGGAAUCCUGCCGAUCAUUAUCUCAUUAGUCAGGACGUGCUUUUUCUCCCAAAACCUUGGCUGAUGUUUAUUACUGCAAAAAUCAUUAUUGGUGCUUGGAAUUCAUCUGAAACUCUCAUGUGAAGGAGCCUGGACUGGACUUUUAUACUCCAACACUUCUUUUUAUGUUUUUUAUUUUUAAUUUCUUUACACCUGAAUGCACCACAAUAUGUACGGGGUCACAUCUAACAAGGCAUUGCAGUAUUGAGGACUCUGGAAGUGCUCACAGACUAACACUGACUACUACUGGUUGUUGUUUUUAUUGUAUUUAGUACUGUACUGCAUUCUCUCAUCGAGGGAGAGAAAUGCCUUACGCCUGAAGUGUAGAUGUUAUUUCUCACACUCCACAUAAACUGUUGUAGAAUAGAUUAAUCUCACAGUGCAACAUCUCAGAUUUUCUUUCUGCUUGUGGAACUUAAAAAUGCAAAUCUGCUAUGUUUGAGUCAACCAGUAAGAUUUGCGUUGUUCUCCGGUUAAUGUUGCCUGACUGUAACGACACGUGCACAUGUUUUUGCAUUUUGUGUUGAAUCUGAUAUCUGGGACCAGUUUUUCCUCCAGUACUUGCACGUCUUACAGGUGUAAAACUGAAAUGUUUUUCUUCUUCUUACGACACUUUUAUUUCCUGUGGCAUCUUUUUUUUUUUUUAUAUACAUUAUUGAGCCACUAUUCCACAGCAAGUGACUGUAACCAAGCUGUGAACGUGAUUCUGGCACAUGCUCUCAGAGGAUUUGAAAAGGACAAAGAUGAGCUGCAUGACGGAAAUGCAGCUGUUUGACGAGAAGAAGUCACGGCAGGAUGAAAAACAGGAGAAAAAAAAAGAUUCUGUCAUGAGCUUGAAAAAAGAAGUUUUUAUACUACUGGAAGCAGAAACUUUUUUUACAGCCCUUUGAAGACGAUGGUAAAACAGAAGAAGACGGAGCGGUGCGUGACGUCUUCUGCAAAAUGACUCCAGACUUUUUACGAUAAUUUGCCUCUUUGCUAGACUGCUUGUUAUUCUCUCCACGUUUCUGUUAAGUUGUAGAGCCUCAUCUCCCCUAACAGAACUGGGAAUUGUUCACCACACACACACACACACAUAUCCUCGACUCCGAUCUUCCCAAAUGCAGCAGUUUAGAGUUAGAAAUUCCUCUCGCUGAUUAUCCCAACAAGAAUCCUAACGCAAGUUUAUGUGAAAAUAUGCAUAUGGCAGUUUUUUAAGAGAAUCAUAAAGACAAACGUCAUGCAGUGUCUUCACAAAUGUGUUUUAGCAUUUAUAUUAACAGUAGAGUGAGUGGAUGCAGUGAAGGGAUUGUGAUAAUUCUGCUCUCUCUCUCUCUGUGUAAUCUGGAAAUUGUCUUAAAAGCAAAUCUGCUGACGUUCCUGUUGAAGCAUGACGAUCCUUCAAAUGUGGAGUGAAAUGUUUGUAUUUCUGCAACUUGCUUCUCUUCGAUGUGCGAUUCUUCUUUUUUUUUGACCAGUACAAGAGGUGAUUUUAUUCUGUGCCAACCAGUUCAGCACAACUCUUUUACUAUCUGAAUAUCUUUUUUCAGUGUCUUUACUUGAGGCCAGUUUGUAAGGCUCCUGGGUUGCUUUGUGCAAUCAAAUGAGAAAAUGAGCCUGACUCUUUCAAAAUAUUUCUGCUCUGUAAAACAUUACACUGAUGCAAUCUUUCUGUUUUUGGGGUAGUAGUCAUAUUCUCCUUGUUGUUUGUAAUGCAGAUGUUGUACAGAUUCUAAACAUUUACAAAAAGAAGAAAAAAGACUUUGAUUUGCUUGUAGUUUUGUUUUUAUUUUAGAAUCUGUAGCGAGCACAAUGUGUUACUUCAUUAAUGUGAAUACGGUAAAUAGAUUUUAAUUUUUAAUUGAGUUCUUUUUUUUCUGGAAAAAAAAUCACUGUAGAUGUACUUUUUUAUUUUAUAUAUCUUUUUUUUUUUUUUUGCAAUCUCUAAAAUGGGUAUAUGUCAAACCUGUGGUUAUAUUGAGCUUGAAUGCUGUGUUUUAAAAUUAAACAUCCUUUAACUGUA